AUGGCGCGACAAUUUAGCAUCGUUAACGUGAUAAUAACAUUUUUUAUAUAUUGUGAUAUCCUGAUACAAGCAUAUACAGUUCCACCGGCAAAGCUUGAAGCAAUUUACCCUCAAGGAUUGCGAGUGUCUGUUCCAGAUGAUGGAUUUACUCUAUUUGCUUUUCAUGGUAAUCUCAAUGAGGAAAUGGAUGGCUUGGAAGCGGGUCAAUGGGCAAGAGACAUAACAAAAGUUAAAGAUGGAAGGUGGACAUUUAAGGACAAAAACGUGAAACUGAAAAUUGGAGACAAGAUUUAUUUCUGGACUUAUGUUAUUAAAAAUGGUUUAGGAUACCGACAAGAUAAUGGCGAAUGGACUGUAACCGAGUUUGUUAAUGAAGAUGGAAGCCCAGCGAUCAUAGAUGGUCAACAAACACCGUCUCCAUCCGUAACUACCGAGCAGUAUACGACCAAACCAGGACAAACUAGUCAGCCUGUUCCUACAUGCGUGCAAUCACAAACCGCUGUACUAGGACGCAAUAGUGUUUGUAAAGGGGAGCUCAUCUUCAGCGAGGAGUUUGAUAAGACUAAUAUGAGAGAUUUAUCAAGUUGGAACUCUGAAGUCAAAUUUCCACAGGAACCGGACUACCCCUUUAAUGUGUAUAUGCCAGACCACACACUCCGCCUCGAUAACGGAUUAUUGGUCAUAUCUCCACUGCUAUUAGAAUCUUUGCACCAUGAGGGAUUCCUGAAUGAGGAAUUGGAUUUGAGCAAUAUAUGCACUGGAUUGAUUGGAACGAGGGAAUGCAGACAAGUGGCAUCAGGUGCACAAAUUUUACCGCCUGUCGUUACUGGCAAAAUAACAACCAGAAAUAAGUUUAAUUUCAAAUUUGGUAGAGUUGAAGUUCGCGCCAAGUUACCUUCUGGUAGUUGGUUAUUACCGGAAAUAACAUUGGAGCCACGUGAUAGCGUUUACGGAAAUCGUUACUACGAAUCUGGACUUAUGAGAAUUGCUUUCGCAAAAGGAAAUGAUAUUUAUGCGAAAAAACUAUAUGGAGGUCCAAUUUUAUCUGAUUCAGAGCCCUACCGUUCAUACCUUAUGAAAGAGAAAAUAGGUAUCGAAAAUUGGAACAGAGAUUUCCAUAAUUACAGUCUAGUAUGGAAACCAGAUGGUAUGCAAUUGUAUGUUGAUGGGGAAUUAUACGGUACCAUUGACCCCGGAGAAGGAUUUUACUCCAGUGCUAUGCAGCAAGGUGUGCAGCACGCCUCACUCUGGGCUAGGGGAUCAGUAAUGGCACCAUUGGACAAAUUGUUCUACAUGUCCCUUGGCCUUCGGGUUGGCGGCAUCCACGAUUUUGCUGAUGUUCACGAGAAGCCUUGGAGGAACAAAAACAACAAGGCUAUGGUCAAUUUCUGGAACGCAAAAGAUACUUGGUUCCCCACGUGGUACGAUGCUGACAUGAAAAUCGAUUUUGUCAGAAUUUACGCACUGUGA